CCUCCCCCAAAAAAGUUACCAAUCACUCAAACCCCCUCUCGUUUCGCUGAGCCAUGUCUUCGUCGGCGAAGAAGAUCACCCUGAAGAGCUCGGACGGCGAGUCGUUCGAGGUGGAGGAGGCGGUGGCGCUGGAGUCGCAGACGAUCAAGCACAUGAUCGAGGACGAUUGCGCCGAUAACGGAAUCCCUCUCCCCAACGUCACCAGCAAGAUCUUGGCCAAGGUCAUCGAGUACUGUAAGAAACACGUCGACGCUGUCAAGCCCGAGGAGAAGCUCUCCGAGGAUGAGCUCAAGACCUGGGACCAGGAGUUCGUCAAGGUUGACCAGGCCACCCUCUUCGAUCUAAUCUUGGCUGCGAACUACUUGAAUAUAAAGAAUCUGCUGGACUUGACAUGCCAGACUGUUGCGGAUAUGAUCAAGGGCAAGACCCCGGAGGAGAUCAGGAAGACCUUCAACAUCAAGAAUGACUUCACUCCAGAGGAAGAGGAGGAGGUGCGCCGUGAGAACCAAUGGGCAUUUGAAUAGUGGAGAUAACGGUUUAAUGGCAUAAUAUCUACUACUAUUAUGUACUCUAGCUAAGCAAUUGACUUCUAUCAGUUUUAUAUUUUGAAGUACUUUAUUCAAGUCGCGAGUCUUUUGAAUUGUAGAUAAAUUUUCAGAGUCUGGUGUUGGUAGUGGCUUGUUCCAUUAUCAAUCCUGCUGGUCAAUUUACUGUACUACUGAAUGCUUUUGGUUACCCUAAUUCGUAGUGCCUUUUAAAUUUGCUUGGAAA